CUGAACAGACAGUUGACGACGACGAUGAUGAUAAUGCCACUGUCAUCAGUGACUUGUCGUGGGUGCCCGAAGAGCCGAUGGAUGAGGAGGAAUUGUUUGAUGAGGAGCCACCUUACACGUGUGACCCCCACCACAAUUGCAUUGACAAAUUCAUUGUUUGCCAAGAGGAGCUGAUGGGCCUUUUUGCCAUCUGUCCGGCCUGUUGUGAGAGGUCGGAUAGUAGCAUCGUGCAGCAGGAAGGAACUUUUGUUAAGAUCAAGCAGGUCUGUGCAUCAUGUGGCUACCACCGUUUCUGGCAAAACCAGCCAAUGCUCCACAGGAACAUGCCAACCUGCAACCUCCUGUUAAGUGGGGCCAUUCAUUUUACUGGAUGUUUGGCCACACAGACACUAAGAAUGUUGACCCUGUUUGGCCUGCAGUGCAUCAGUGCCAGCAGUUUCUUUCGCCAUCAGCGCCGCUACACCAUCCCUGUAAUCGUUCAGGCCUGGCAGAAUGAUCAAGCCAAGAAUUUUAGUGACCUACGGGCAAUGGAUGGCGGGCUAGUUCUUGCUGGUGACUGCAGGUCAGAUUCUCCUGGGCACUGCGCAAAGUAUGGGUCAUACUCUCUGAUAGAGGACAGAGUGAACAAGGUGGUGGAUGUUCAGCUUGUUCAGAGCUCAGAGGUCCCCAACAGCUCAUGGUGUGAGCUUGAAGGCCUCAAGCGCAGUGUUGGCCUGCUGAGGGGAAACGACCUGCAUUUGGCAACGCUGAUCACGGACCGACAUCGCCAGGUUGCCAAAUGGGUGAGAGAGGAGCUGAUCCCUGAAGGGACACAGCAUUAUUUUGACGUGUGGCACAUUGCCAAAAGUCUGGGGAAGGCAUUGGAUGCAGCAUCCAAAGAGUGUGACCAACUACAGUUGUGGAGGCCAGCUAUAGUGAAUCACCUCUAUUGGACUGCAGCCUCAACCCCAGAUGGCAACCCAGCGGUCAUGGAGGCCAAAUGGAGAAGUUUAGUGAACCACAUCCAGGACAUCCAUGACCAUGACAUCCCUGCCUUCUCCAGUUGUGCCCAUGGCCCUCUAGACGAAGAUUAGCGCAACAAAGAGUGGCUGU